AUGCAUUGGUGGGAAAUACUACAUAUUUAGAAGCAUAUGUAUACUAAAAAAUAACCUAUUCAAUUUUUUAAAUAUGUGCUUCAUACAUUUUUAGUUACUCUCAGUUUUUUAUUUAAUUAUAGUGUAUAACACAUUAUACAUAGUAGAGAAAGAAACAAAAAGCAUUUAACUUGAUGUCUUUUAUUUCUACUUUACCCUUUAUCAGAUUCGAGACUGUGUUUAUUACGUUGUGUUAACACGUGUGAUGUUAUAUUGUCAAUGACAAUUAAUUAUUAUCUUUUGUAUUUAAUAAUAAUAAAAUUAAUAAUAAAAUGUACAAUAUGACAUAAACAUUUAUAAAUUAACUUAACUAUAUUUAAAAGUAUUAAAUUAGAUCUAUUAUAAUGGGGAAUUGUAUACGGAGAUUACUAAAAAGGUUACAGAAGAAAAAAUGCUCUGAAAAAAUUAUUAUUUUAUUAAUUGUCGGCCUUGAUAAUGCGGGAAAAACAUCCGUUUUGAAUCGUAUAACUGGUGAAUCAGAUGAAAAUGUAUUACCUACAAUAGGAUUUCGAACUGUGUCUUUAAGGUAUAAAUCUUAUAUAGUUAAAAUUUAUGAUAUUGGUGGUAGUUCCCAAAUUCGAUCGUUAUGGACAAAAUAUUACAGUGGCAUACAUGGUCUUAUAUAUGUGGUGGAUGCUAGUGAUAUUUCCCGUCUUACAGAAAAUAAAGUUGUAUUUGGUGAAUUAGUUUCACAUGAAUGUAUUUCAGGAAAACCAUUAUUAUUGCUUGCAAACAAGCAAGAUAUAAAUGGAUCAAUUGAUGAGUUAGAUCUUGUUGAAAACUUGGAUGUAGAACAUGUAGCAAAUACUAUGAAAUGUCCCACAAGAGUGGAAAUAUGUUCAUCCUUAGAGGGAGAAACUCAGUUGAAAGAUAACACUAUAGGAAUUAAAAAUGGAUAUAAAUGGCUAUUGGAUAUAAUUGUAAAGAAUUACACUGUAUUAAACAAUAGACUUAAGGAUGCACAAAAUAUUCAAACUGUAAAAAUUACCGAAGUACAAGAUACAGUGUCUGAUACAUCAUCAGGAAUAUCAUCACAUUCUAAUCCAUUUAAACCAAUUCAAGAACUAAUCGCUAAAAAGCAGGAAUUUCAACCGGCAAGUCGUUUACAUAAUGGGGUAGUUGGUGGAAACAAAUUGAAACAAAUGUUUAUGCAUAGAAAUAAGACUGCUCCAUUUACUACUGAGGAAACAGUCUCUGAACUUGGAGAUAUAUCGGAUAACACUAAGCCUAUUAAAAAAAUGUUGAAUACUCAUAAGAGUGUUCAAACUCUUUCACCAUUAAAUCCAGUGAUACAAAACGCAUUUUCAAAUACAAUUAUAUCAAAAUCAAAGCGUCCACAUACAGCGCCAGAACAUUCACAAUAUGUUAUCAAUAGAGUAACAGUAAUUAAUAUUCCUGGACAAGUUACACAGGAAUAAUACUAAUUACACUUCGAUAAUGAUAAUAAUAAUAACAACAACAACAACAACAACAACAACAACAACAACAACAACAGGGACCAUUAUGAACAAAUUUGAUGAUAAAAAGAUAUAUGAAAAUUGUGUAACACAGAUAUUUUUAAAACAUUUUUAUUUCUUGACUAGAAAUCGACUGAUGAUCAUUUAUUUUAAGUGAUUUCUAUUUUUAAAUAUAGAAUAAAACAAUUACGAGUAAUGUUAAUUUUACAUUGUGACUGUUUCUUUGUGCAUGAUGAAAUAACAGAAAAAUAAACAUUUAUAGAAAAAUAUUUUGUAAGUAUGUAUAUGUAUAUAAAUUCAUACAAAACUUGUCUUUUUUUUAUAUCUUAACUUUAUUGUAUAAGCUUGUAUACAAGUUCAUGUACACAAAAAUUUCACAAAUAUAUGACUUACACAAUAUGGACUUAAAAUGUCUAUAGUAUAAAGAUAUUAAAAAAUUUUAGAUUAUAUUAUAGUAUUGCAUGAAAUUUCAUACAAAAUGCUGUAAUGCCUGAAGCAUGUAUUAUCAGCACAUACUUUUAUCACAAUUUACAAUAAAUAUUGUAAAUAUUUCGCAACAUCGUUUUAUAUCGUUGAGCAAUUACUUUAUAACAUUAAGUAAUAGACUCUAAUACAUUGAAAGAUUAUACUGAAAAUUGCUACAAUAAGGAACAAUGUAUUUCACAUAAUAUGAGGACAACAAUCAUUUUCGAAUCAAGUACUUUCUAUAAAUCACACUACGUACUUAAAUGCAGCAAUAAAGAUAUAGGAGUUAAACAAUCAAAAGUAACAUUAAAAUUAUAUAAUUGAAUUAGUAAGUAUUUAAGAAUUGCAUACUUUUCUUAUGAAAGACUGUUAUAUCACCAUAUCGAAACU